CUUGCUUCGUUUUCUUCUCUCCUCGCUCGGUAGCCUCCUGCGCCUCUCCUCUUUCCAUCCAGAACCUGUCGUCGCGGCCGCGGUGGCCCGAGGGAGGACGAAUUUAGGGUUUGAAUCAGUGAUCUUUGAGAAUGUCUCGCCGAUAUGAUAGCCGAACCACAAUCUUCUCCCCUGAGGGGCGGCUGUACCAGGUCGAGUAUGCAAUGGAGGCUAUUGGCAAUGCAGGAUCGGCCAUUGGAAUCCUGGCGAAUGACGGUGUUGUCCUUGUUGGCGAGAAGAAGGUGACCUCGAAGCUCCUCCAGACCUCCAAGUCCACUGAGAAGAUGUACAAGAUCGAUGACCACCUUGCCUGUGCUGUUGCCGGCAUUAUGUCUGAUGCCAACAUUCUCAUCAACACUGCUCGCGUCCAGGCCCAGCGCUACACCUUUGCCUACCAGGAGCCUAUGCCUGUUGAGCAGCUAGUCCAGUCCCUCUGCGACACCAAACAGGGUUACACCCAGUUUGGUGGCCUCCGCCCCUUUGGCGUCUCAUUCCUCUUUGCUGGCUGGGACAAGAACUUUGGGUUCCAACUCUACAUGAGCGACCCCAGUGGGAAUUAUGGUGGGUGGAAGGCGGCGGCAAUCGGAGCUAACAACCAGGCAGCGCAGUCAAUGCUGAAGCAGGACUACAAGGAGGACAUCACUAGGGAGGAGGCAGUUGCGCUGGCUCUCAAAGUGCUAAGCAAGACAAUGGAUAGCACCAGCCUUACUGCUGAAAAGCUAGAGCUUGCAGAGAUCUUUCUGUUGCCGUCAGGAGAGGUGAAGUACCAGGUUUGCUCGCCGGAGUCGCUCAGUAAGUUGCUGGUGAAGUCUGGGGUUACACAGCCUACUCCGGAUUCAUCUUGAGUUUGGGUUUAGAAUUGAUCAUGAUUCAGUCUGUGGCCAUGUUGAAUUAAUUUUAAUGUUUGGUACUUUGAAUGACUUAAGCAUGCAAGAACUUAGUUACUGUUUUUGGAAAAUGAAUCAUUCUCUGUUACAUUAAAAUGCUCCUGUUGGAUGUACUGUUACACCAUUUCCAUUUAGUUCUUUGCCUUA